AUCGUACAAAAAUAAAUAGUUUAUUGUUAAAUUGAAGCACAGUAAAUCACAAACAUGACUCCUAGGGUUGAUAGCGUUAAAAGUUAAAAUAAAAACAAGCAGCGUCAAAUUAAAAAAACAAUCUAUUUAUUUUUCCUUGAUCCUCAAAAGUUUUACGAUUUAUCUAACAUAUGUUGUAUUUUUUAUUAUUUUUUUUUUUUACAAAGAGCCGUUUGAAAUUUUCUGCAUAGGCUACACAUCAAAUGUUUCUCUUGAGAAGUAACACCAUGUUAUCCAGUUAGUAUAAACACAAGUUACACACGAUGAACGUACACUUUGCCAUCACUCGCUUCGUUUGACAUAUACAAGAUACAUAUGCAGAUCUAUUCCUUAUGAAAAUGAGCCGAUUACAAAGUCCAGUCAAUUCGCCUUAUAGGGACAACGUAGGUUCAAUACCGCACAACUCCAACUUACCGAACCUUGUUAUUAAAAAGUUUGACCCGAGGCUUGGCAUAAAUUUAAAACUUCACGAUACCCUGGCGUACGAAAUGGGAAAACGUGAAAGCAGCCCCCAACUUGUCACGAGAAGAGGACAAGUCGUCUACUUGUAUCUAUACUUGGAUCGGGAGUACUCACCCUCAUUAGAUAUCAUGUCGGCGAUUUUUACAUACAAAGAUUGUGAAGACGCAUCUGUCGGACAUUACACACUUUCGGUUAUCCCUUUGAGCUUUAAGAGUUCUGGCUUGAUCGGUAAAUGGGCAGCAUGGAUAGCCGGUUUCAAAGGAACUCGCAUUGAUUUGAGGUUUGUCUCUUCUUUUGAUUGUACCAUUGGCAGAUGGGGCAUCGAGAUAGAUACCAAAGUGAAAGAAAACAACGAAAGGUCAACAUACGCUUUGGACACACUGAUGUAUGUUAUAUUCAACCCUUACGCUCCAGAUGAUGAAGUGAAAAUAGACGACACUCACAUAACAGAAUACGUUACAAAUGAACACGGUCUGAUAUACAGAGGAAACAUGAAACCAAACAACCCCACGUACUGGGUUUAUGGACAAUUCGCCAAAGAUGUUUUGGACUGUGCACUUUAUCUUAUAACAGAUGUUGCCAAGUUGCCUGUGUCUAAAAGGUCUAACGCAGUGGAAAUUACAAGAGCUCUAACAUCGACGAUCAAUGCGAACAAUUGCGACGGAGGAGUUAUGCUUUCGAGUACAACGGGUAAUUUCGAUAAAACGGAAUCUCCGCUGUUAUGGUGUGCCAGCGCUCCGAUACUUCAAGCCUACUAUUCAACGAAAGAACCUCUUAGGUUUGCUAAUUGUCUUGUCCUGGCGGGUGUGCUCACUACUGUUUGCCGAGCACUUGGAAUUGCAGCACGACCUGUAACAUGUUUCAAUUUUGUCCAUGGUAAUGACCUAGGUCUUGUGGUUAACCUUACAUACGACGAGGACCACCGUAAGAGCUUUAAAGGUCACAGUUCGCCCAUUUGGAAUUAUCACGUCUGGACCGAGGUCUGGAUGAAACGUACCGACAUCGGUGAUGAAUAUGACGGUUGGCAAAUUUUAGACCCAACACUCCACGUUCCCGGCACCAGCGUUUUCUCAUACGGCCCGACGUCCGUCAAAGGGAUCCGAAAGGGAAAAUACAAAGCGCCGUACAACGGUACGUUCACAUACUUCGGCAUCAAUUCACAAAUAUUCGUAUGGAAAAAAUCAGGAGGUGAUGAACAUUUGAAGCUCAUCGCGGUUGAUCGAACGACAGUAGGUAGCUACAUAAGCACGAAGGCCGAAGGUUCCUGGCAGAGGGCUGACAUAACCCAAGAGUACAAAGAUCCUAAAGGAAAAGUACCAUGCGAGGAGUGCUACUCGGCGUUGUUGGAUAAAUCAACAGAUUUUUCAAGGUUUUCCCUCGCUGAAGAAUUUAACGAGGUUGGAUUCACACUCACAGCAACCACUGAUGUACCAUUCGGUCAACCUUUUAGCGGCCGGUUGGACCUCGUCAAUAUAAACUCAAGUAAAUCUUUCACUAUUUCCGUAACGCUCACUGUACGGCCCAUUCUAUAUUCAGGAAGAGAAGCGCCUGUUAUUAAAAGUGAAAUAUUUGACGUGAAGCUCGCGAAAAACGAAGCGGCAUUUUGCAAGACGAUCGUACCGUAUGAGGAAUACGCGGAGACGGUACUGUCAGAAUUUCUAUUCAAGUGCACUUGCCAGGCGAACGUGAAAGAAACGGAUUUCGACUAUUAUUCCGAGGCCGUUAUUAAGCUGCAAUUACCUAAAAUCACUAUCGAGGUGAAUUCUUCCUUUUAUGUCGACAAGGCGACAACAUGUAUGGCAUCGUUUGUCAACCCACUUCCAAUAGCAAUCACUAAUGGUCUGAUAUUCCUCCAAGGGCCACUAUUCAAAAAGAUCAAGGCGGUCACAGUGGAAGACUGUGCCCCCAAAAAGAAGAUAAUGGUGUUUUUCACCGUCACGCCAGUUAAAGAAGGAGAGUUCAUGCUUCUCGCUAAGUUCAUGUCUGACCAACUCAGUGAGAUUGAGGGAUCUAUAUUAAUAAAAGUUUCAAAACAAGGGUAGGACGUGGAAAACGUUUACAGAAACUAAAGAUUAUUACACUUUUAAUAAUAAAACGAUCUUGCAUGCA